AUGGACAAAUCGCCACAGGCGCAAGAAAGUAGCUGGCUCUUCGCUGUCGAUGCUCCCGUCGCGGUCCGUGGCCUACAACCUGUUUUCAGGCCUGGCACUUGUGACGCACUGUCGAUGCCCGUUGUUUUGCUCUCGGACCGAAAGACAGGGAGCGUGAGAACGUUUGACUGCAAGCUGCAGCAUCCCUGUAGUGAAGCGUUACCAACCCCUCAGGAAAUUGCAUCACCAGCUUUUUCGUCGGCCGCGCUCCAACAGGCUUCUGCGAUCAAUAUGGCUCUCUCCCUAUGUGUGGUAGAAAAUAACGUGGUUUGGGUGGGCUGGUCAUCGGGGCAUAUUGCGGUGUAUCGCAUGCGCCUUGAAGAGGCUUCAGCGACAUCGUCGAGUGCACCCACGCCAAGAGUAAGUGGGGCAAAGGCUUCUGAGACGCGUUGGGAAGUGGUGACAUUUCUGCACGAGCACCGUGCUGCGGUGCACCUGCUUGCCACAGGACCCUCUCCAUGGGUCUUCAGUGCUAGCCAUGAUCUGCGGCUGAUUCAGUGGCAUGCGAAGACCCUGGAGCCUAUGCGAGACCUGACGAGGGCUUGCCGUGCACAGGAUCACUACGGGCUGUCGCCCAUACGAAUGGUCUGUACGGCAAUGGGUUGCUCCUGCACGACUAGUCUCUCGCAGCCGCAGGGUCAUUUUAUGCUUUUCUUCUCAACCAAGCAGAGGGCGCUGUACGGUCUCUCGCUAGGCGGCCCAUCGAGGUCAAAUAAGAUGCUCUCAGACCAUGAUCUGCCGGUGCAGCGCAUUGCAUCGACGCGCCCUGCGGUGACAAGUGCCGCCGUGCUUGUUGGGGACGGCGAUGACGAUGCGGCGGUGGUGAUGUGUUUGGGCGACGAUGAGGGAAGCAUCUCCUUCACUCCCCUUACGGUGCUCUACGACGCGCGUUCCGGGACGGUGCCCGCGCCAUCGGCGUCAUCGUCGUCGAGCUCGUUGGGGUCUCCUGCGGCAACCCUCACAGACGCGGAGUACUUGCGGGCGGUGGCGGAUGCCGCCCUUACGGCGGACACGCUGCACGUGAAUAGAGGCCGGGUCACCGCACUCUCAGUGCUUUCGGCGCAGGCGGAUCGAGCGACCGGCCAUGUCAGCUACUGCCUUGCGGCUGCAUCGGCAAGGAAUGUGAUGACGCUGCUCGAGGUGGGCGUCUCCCCCGUCGUUUCGGGCGGUCACGUGACUGGAUGCACGCCGCUGAGCGCUCUCCAGACGGCGAGUCCCGUCACAAGCCUUGUGCCGCUAUUGCCGCCGGUGCGUCAGCGCGCUGUUGCCGUCGCCCUUGCUGCCUUCGCCGACGGCUCGGUGGCGGCUCUGUUUCACUUCCUCAAUCCGGCAAUGGAGCAUGGGGCCAACCCUCACGCGGUGGCGGCGGCUACGACGUUGGAGUCACCACCGCUUCGUUCCGCAGGGAGAGCGGCGCGGCAGGAACCGCAAAGUGGGCCGCCCCUUGAAGCACUGGAGGUACGUCUUCGCGUCGCGUUGGAUGUCGUCUCGGAAACAACAGUUGUCGUUGAAGAGGCAAAUCGGGCACUAGAAGAGCAGCGCCAGGAGCUGCGACGCCUCCGCACCGCGAAAGACACGCUUGCGGAUCAAGUCACACAGCUUUUGGAGGCGCUGAACCAAAAGAGCGCGGAGUUGGUGGAGCUCAAGCUGCGAAGUCUCCGUGCGCAGGGGGAAGAUGUGGCCGUGGUGGGAAGAGGCGGCAACAUACUGCAGAUGUGGCAGCGCCGCCAUGGCAAUGAUGCGGAGCCGCGAGACAUUUCUCAUACGCAAACGGGGGCGGAAGAGGAAAAGCGAGACGGACACCCAGGGACGGAGCGGGACUGCGUUGAAGCUGUAUUGCGCGAUGCUGAGGCCCGCUUUGAAUCCAAACUGGACACUUUGCGGCGUGAGAAUUCUUUUCUUAGUAAAAGCCUUGGGCACCUCAAAAGGGAGACGCAUGCGACACAGACACAAGGCACAGACCAGAGUGUCCACACGGACGGUGAUGUGCUGCGAGACGAUGCGGUGUGCCAUGCAAGCGGGGGUGAGUCGCCGUUGCGUCGAUUGUUGGAGCAGGCAUUGAGUGCGGUGGGCGCCUAG